CCAAACUCCAAACAUGUUGCGACGCGUCGAUUGCCAAAAAUAUUGGAAAUGGAAACGGCAGCAGGAGAAAAAAUCGAGUGCAAAGAGGAAGGCGAGAAAACGGAAACGUAAAGAGUCUGUGACUGACUGCAUCGAGGUUGAAGAAAGCGAAGCUGCAGACACGGCAUUGAAGGUUAGACGACCUAAGAUCAAAAAGAAGAAGAAAGACACAUGGUUGUCGAGACCAUAUAUCAAAUGUGUCCCAUUGGAAGAAUUAAUGUUGAGAUGCAUUCAACCUCCGAUCGAAAUAAGGGAACAGUUUCUUCGUCCGCGUCAUAUUGACUGUCUGAAUCUGGACGCGUUGGACAUCGAUAUAUUGUCUCCGGAAGUCCUGAAAGCUACAACGUCGUUGGUCAGUGAGACGCAAGAAGCCGAUCAAAUUAAGGAUCGUAAAAAAUGUAAGACUGCUAUGAGCAUAUUGAGGAAAAAAUCAUCGCGUAAAGUGAUCGAUGCAAAAGAUAUCGAGGACGCGGAAUCGGAAGAAGAGGAUUGUAAGAGUAUUUGCUCUACGGACAGUCAGAUAUGUCUUCAAGGAAUUAAAAUAACGGCGAAAGACAAGGAGGAAAUGAAGAAAUUUCGAAAGCAGAAAAACAGUAACAAAGAAAAAGAGUGAUGGAGGAAGAUGAAAUAGAAAUGAAAAAGGAAACGUAGAUUUAUUAGGAAAUGAAGUAUUACAUUUCCAAACGGUGUAUAUCUAUUAAAAAUACAUGUAACACUGAACUAUAAGUAUAAAGAGAAAAAUAACUCCUACAAAGUAUAUGUGCAGAUCUAAUAACGUCAACUAAAUAUACUACCAAUUUACUCAGUAAUGAUGUGUUUAUAUUAAAAUCUAUGUGUACUUAUAAAUUUCACAGAUUCAUAGUAAUAGCAAUCUAAUUAGCAUCCUUGAACCCGAAAUUAUUUGGCGUGAAAGUUGUUCCUGUAUACAAAAAAAAGCAUUUCCAGGAUUUUCACUCGGUUGAAAGUUGUUGAAUAUGCAAUCGGGUGUAUAGACCACUUGCAUGGAUUAUGUUGCAAUGUUAAUGACUUGUUAUUUAAAAAUGUACGUGAAACUAGAAAUACCGUAACAGGGCCAAGUAUGCCGAUUUGUAAUACACUUUCGUUUGAUUAGUCGCUUUGGGCUGAAUCAUAAAUUCAAAUUAUUUUUAUUAUAUUUCGUAGCACUGUUGUAACACUCGUAUUACUAGAAACAUUCAAUAUUUUAAUGUUGACAAUGAAUAGAAGACUCAAUAAACAUAAGCAAUGUUUAUUAAUAAUAUACAUUAACCUAAUUUUUAAGAAAUUAUAAUGCAAAAAUGUUUCCAGAUUCAUGAAAUCUGAGUUCAUUUCUCGGCACGCGAUAUGUGUGCCGUUUAGUUUAAGAAUCACGUUUUCUCGAAUUCUAUACGAAUGCACUUUCAGUUUUAUUUACUGAUAUCCCAUGCGUUGCAUCGUCCAGAAAUACGUACAAAAAUACAACUGAUAAGGCAUAACAGUCGAUGUACCGAUGUCAACCUAUGAGUUAGCGCGUGAAGAGGUGUUUAGAAGAACUACUAGAAUUUUUUAAUUUUUGACCGUAAACUUGGUAAUCGUGUAAGAUGAUACUGUAUACUGAUGUCAACCCAUGAGUUAGGGCGUGAAGAGGUGUUUAGAAGAGGCAAUUCGUCAGAAUAGAAAAAUGGAGUUCAUUUCACGAUAUGUGUGCCGUUUAGUUUAAGAAUCACAUUUUCUCGAAUUCUAUACGAAUGCACUUUCAGUUUUAUUUACUGAUAUCUCAUGCGUUGCAUCGUCCAGAAAUACGUACAAAAAUACAACUGAUAAGGCAUAACAGUCGA